AUGUCGGACGGAGACUCUGAAGUAGACUUCUUUGACCUUACCGACGACGACAAUCGUCUAGAGUCGGACGACGAGACACUUCCCCCGCUGGAACUCACUCUCAUGCUUGAUGAGGACGGCCAGGGAGUCUACCAUACCAUCGAGCCUCCUCAAGCCAUUGAUCCCACGGACAUGGACACGGACGAUACGCUCCAUGACAAUGGCAACGACGAUGAAGUUGACCAGCCCGUGGAAGGCUCACCCGAGGAUCCUGACGAAUAUGAUCCUGACGAUGAUGGCUUCAAUGAUGAUGAUGAAAGCGAAGAAGAAAAAGCGCGAUUCGAACCUAUGAAUCCCGAUGCCGCCCUUGUGGAAGCUCUGGGAGCAGACUCUAUUCCCAUCCCAAACUGGGAUGGCAGUUGCUUUCAAACAUGCCAACCUCCCUGGAAUAUGUUAGCUGACAAGUACACGGGGUGGCGACAACUUUUCCUUACAAAGAGAGCAGAGCUGCAAAACUGCAAGCGUGUAAACAAAAAAAAGGUUACCCGCCUCAACAGAGAAAUCCGGGCUAUGAAGGAAGCGAUCCACGAGUUUUAUGCAGUACAUACCGAGAAUAAUGCGAAGAACGCAAGACUCGCUGAGGAAAACCGCGCCCUUCGAGCACUCUUGUCGGAUGAAGACCUGGCCAACUUCCCAGAACCUAAACCGCAAGAUCUCGAAGACAUAGUGGCAUGCUUGCCUGAACGCGUCUUGACAAAGCUGCCCGAUGACAUCCAGGAGUACCUAACCAAGGGGCCACGACAUGUGCUGCCAGCUCCAAAACUCCGAAAGACUGAGAGGGUAUAUGCUCACCUCCACUUCAGCAUCUCAUCGUCUUAG